AUGAAGCGCCUCAACGGAAGGGAACAGCGGCUAGUGGCUGGGCGUGGACAGAUGGGGAAGCGGAGUGGGGUGGUGUGGGUGAGAAUGUGGGGUUGGUGGGGCAAGGGCGGGGUGGGGGAGACUAAUGCGGAGGUAGAAGCUGCAGGGGUGGCGGUAGUGUGGGGAAGGGAGGAAGAAGGGGGGGCGGGGAUGAGGGCAGGGGGUAAAGGGGGGACUGCAGCGGAGCUAAUAGAGGAGGUAGUGGUGGCUGCGGAGGCAGGGGGGUGGGGGGGAGCACUGAGGAGCACGUGUGGUGUAGGACGGCCUGGGCUGGGGGUGGAGAUGGCGGAGGCGCUGCUGGCUGCCAGCAAAGAGGAGAGCCGCAAGGAGGGCCGAAAGUGGAUUGGGGUUGACUCAGUUGACGCCUGA